UAUGUUAUUAAUAUUGUACAUUCCUUUAAUAUUGGCUUCUUAUCUUUAUGAGAAUUCAACACUCAUCACAUAAACUUUGUUUUAUGAAAGAGAAGACAACCCAAUGUACAAUUUAAGUGUGUUUGCAACAUAUGAAUCAUACAAUUAAUUGGAUAUUAAGAUUGAGGAUCUUGAAAAACGACAAUUUCAUAUGCCAUCUGAUAUGGAGCCAUUUAAGAGUAUUUAUAAUGAUAUCAUAAAUCCAAUUGCAUGUUCACAUUAUGAUUAUGAAACUAGAAUAGAUGAAUCCCCUUUUAAAUUUAAUGUUAUCAGAGCUGACACAGAAGAAACUAUGCUUUCUUUAUAUGAUAUUAUUGUAUCUGAAUUAUACAGUGAAUUUACAAUAAAAAUACCAACUAAAUACUUAUUUGGUUUAGGAGAGAGAAAUUAAAAGGGAUUUAGAUUCAAAGAAGGAAUAUAUACAUUGAUGGCUAAAGAUGUACCAUAAUUAUUAGAAGAUGGAAAACAACCAGGUAAAGGUGUCUAUUCAUCUCAUCCAGUUUAUUUAAUGAGAGAAAGAUCAGGAAAAUACCAUGUGUUAUUUUUUAAAAAUAGUUCACCAAUGGAUGUCAUUUAUAAAGAUGAUAAAUUAACAUUCAAAUAUAUUGGAGGGAUACUAUAAUUGAAACUGUUUUUAGGUGAUUAUGAUCCUGAAACUGCAAUUAAAUUGUAUCAUUCAUAUUUAGGAGGUUGGGCAUUACAUCCAUUUUGGACUAUGGGUUAUCAUCAUAGUAGAUGGCCAAUUAAAAGCAGUUAGAAAUUAAAAGAAUAUGUUUAUAAACAUAAAGAACAUGAUAUUCCAUUAGAUACUAUAUGGUCAGAUAUUGAUUACAUGAAUGAUAGAUAAAUAUUUUCAGUUGAUGAAAUGAGAUUCCAUAAAAGUGAUUUUGAAGAAAUCUAAAAUUAAUUAGGAGUGAAUUAUAUUCCAAUUAUUGAUGUAGCAGUAGGAGUUAAGUAUGGUAAAUAAGAUAAAGGAUUUAGAGAAGGAAUUAAUUUAGAUAUAUUUUUAAGAUCUCCUAAUACUGGUUAAAGAUUUAGAGGUAAAGUAUGGCCAGGAUCUUCAUAUUUUCCUGAUUUCUUUCAUCCUAAUUGUUCAACAUAUUGGAGGACUAUGAUAAAACAUCUCUAUUAAAGUACUAAUUUUAGUGGAUUAUGGAUUGAUAUGAAUGAACCUACUAAUUUUUGUGAUGGAGAAUGUGAUUUACAAUAAGGAAGAGAUAAAUGGAAUUCUACUAUGGAUUAUACAGAUGUUAAUGAAACUUAUAAAAAUAAUCAUAUCUUUUUCCCUUAUAUUCCAGGAGUGUCACCACUUGAAAAGAUGACUCUUCCUCCUAAUCUAUAUCAUUAUGGUAAAUAUCUUCAUAAAGAUGUACAUAAUCUUUAUGGAUUAUAAGAAUCAUAUGAAACUUAUUAAGCAUAAAAAGAAAUUGGAAAACCAUUACCAUUUAUUAUUUCAAGAUCUACAUUUCCAGGUAGUGGACAUUUUACAUAACAUUGGGAAGGAGACAAUGAAGCAUCAUAUACAUUUAUGUAUUUAUCUGUUGGAUCAACUAUGUAAUUUAAUAUAUUUGGUAUUCCAAUGGUUGGUGCUGAUGUUUGUGGAUUCUUAGACAAUACUACUCCUAAAUUAUGUGCUCGUUGGGUUUAAUUAGGUAGUCUUUAUCCAUUUUUCAGAAAUCAUAAUAAUGAUAGAGCCAAGGAUCAAGAAUUCUAUUCAUUAGGUGAUGAUGUGUUAUUAGCAGCAAGAAGAAAUAUUAAAUUAAGAUAUUCUAUUAUUAAAUGGUAUUACUCAUUAUUUUUGAGAUCUAAUCAUACUGGUACAAUAUUUCGUCCAGUAUUCUUUGAGUUUAAUGAUGAUGUUAAUCUAUUUAAAGAUGAAGUGUUGGAUACAUAAUUUUUAAUAGGAGAUGAAUUGAUGGCUACUCCUAUUUUAGUUGAAGGUCAAACUAUAAGAAAAGCAUAUUUUCCUAAAGCUUAUUGGUAUCAUUUCUUAAGUGGAUCUAGAUUAUAAAAAUUUGAAGAUCCAGGAUAAGAACAUUUUGUUAUGUGUAAAUACACAGAUUAUGUACCAUUAUAUAUAAAAGGUGGUAGUAUUAUCUUAUAAUAAAAUAUCACAUAAGUAAAAUCUGUAAAAGAUCUUAAAAAUCAUUUUUAUGCUGUUAUUGCCAUAGGUGAAAAGGAUUCUUUUGGUACCAUGAUUGAUUUAGAUGAAUUCUCUGAUUAAAAGGUAAAUAAUUAUAAAUAUAAUGAUAAUAGAUAGUAGAGAAAUGUGAUUAAUUAAAUUGCAUACUUAAUGUUAAUUUCUAUAAAUAAGACAAUUAAGCUGAAUUUACAAUAGUAAGAGCUGAUAAUGGAGGACCAGCAUCAUAUCCAUUAUUUAUAAGUAGAUUGAAAAUAUAUGGUUUACCACCUUCUUAAACCAUAAAGUGUUCAAGCAAUGUAAUUUAUAAAAUAUAAUAUAGAAAAUUGUUGAAUGUUCAUAUAGCAAUGAUAAUACUUUUCCAUAUAUUUCUAACAUUUAAUUAAAUGAAGGAAUAGGACUUGAGUUUGGUGAAACUACUGGAGUAUUUAAAUUAACAUUGUAAUUUUCAUGA